UAACUAUGGAGACAAAUAUAAAAAUUUUUAGUAAACAAAAGCAGUAGAUAAUUUUGUUGUUUCAUUUUAAAAUCAGUUUAUUAAAUAAUUUUUAUGUUUUGGUGAAAUAAAACGUAAAGCAUGGCAGCUAUUAUACAGUCUCAAACAAAACCCAAGUGGCCACCUGGACAUAAAUAUGGAGGACCUUGUAAAUGCAAAUGUAAAUUACGAUAUAUCCAACCGGACCGCCCGACAUCUUUCAAACCACUCGCUACCUUUAGAAAGCCGGACUGCAAAGUUGCUGACGGGACGACAUACAAAAUGUCAUAUUAUGGUUUUGAUCCCAACCUGAUGAGACAUUGCCGAGGACAUCCGAUUGUCUCAAAAGUUAACCUAACGUCUGCCGGGGACUUCAGUAGUGACACAACGCACAAGAUGAGUUAUGGCGCGUGGCCGGGGUACAAGCCCAUUGAAAAAAUCGUGCCUCCAGACCACAAACUUCUAGGAGAUGGCCCUCUGUCGCAAUUGACCACUCAUAAACACGAUUACACACCCAAGCCGUUAAUGGAGGUUGACAAGAUCGUCCAUCCUGGAAAUCUGGGUUUCUCAGGGGAAGCGAUGGAAGACAAGACAACACAAAACAUGUCAUACCAGUUUCCGGACAUGAACAGAUUUGAACCAGCUCAUUCAUUCAAACCUCAGCAAAGUUUCAACCCACCAAGAACCAAAAUGGAGGACAAAACCACGCAGAAGCUGAGCUAUCAGCCUUUCUGUCCUCCGGAGAAGGAGGAGUUCCCCUGGGCACAGAAAGACAAGUAUAGGGCACCAGUUGUGCCAUUUGACGGAAGCACCAUCUAUAAUGGCAGCUACUUUGCCCCUGGUCAGUUUGUGGAGGAUUGCGUUGGGCCUGAGGGUUGUUACUGCAUGUAUCCUGGGGAAUGUUUUGAUGCGGCUGGUGAACCACCCAAGGCUCAUGAGUUUGACCGCUGCCCGGCCGGUUAUGACCCCAGAAGAGAUGCCCCACGGCCUCCACCAAUCACAGAAGAAGUUAGAGUCAGACCAGAGCCUGGACAACGUGACCUUAACAAGGAAUGCUAAGCGAGCAGUUUCAAAAUUAUUUAGUACUUUUUGUCUUAUUAAUUAAUUAUUUACCAUUCUGUCUGUAUAUGAAUGAAAAUAAAUUUCUAUUCUAUUUUGUCCCAUA